UUAGUGUCUGAGAUGAAUUGUUCUUCAGUGGUCAGAGUGCCACGAAAAACAGUGUUUCUAGCUCCUGUUAUGAGCGUGUUGAAGAUAAACUGUUCAGUAACUCUACGUGGAUGUCAAAGGAAACCAAGAGUCUCAUGGUGCAAACUCUAUGGAGAUGAUUGUAUAGUUGUAAAUUAUUCAAAUUCCAUCAGAACUGAGUGGAAGAACAUCACAGAACAGGAAGGGAUAGCUUUCCUGGUUUUCCUGAACAUCUCAAUAGAGGAUACAGGUUUCUACAGAUGUAAAGUAGGCGACGUGUCUAUAGGCCAUGCUAUUAAUGUGACUGUGACAGCUGAUAAUAUGAAUGAAGAGUUUUCAAUCACUCCCAAUAACACAAUACCUACAACAGUACAUGAUCUAAAUACACCUCCAAACGAUGGUCUGCAGUGGUUUUGGUAUUUUGUAUCCAUCUGCAGUGGAAUAGUGGGGCUGGUCUUCAUGAUCAUAUCAUUUCUUUAUAUCUUUAGACGCCGAGGGAGAAAGUCUACAAGAAAAUAUAUGGCAAAUAAAAACCAGUACAUGGAAACACAAAAAACUGACCUUCUUCCUCCCCAUCUCUAUCUGAACUCAGAUGUGCUGACUUCUGUUGUAUACAGUUUUUAAGAAACUAUGCUCUCACAGAAAAAAAGGCACAGAGCUGUCACUGGGGUGAUGCCCUAAGUUACAAAAGCUAAACUGUACAUAUUUGUUCUCUGUUAACCCUUAUGGUGCAUCUACUUCGGUACACAUUAGUACUUUAAACAUACAUAUGUACUAAACCUUUAUAAAGGGUACGGCCCAAGAGACAGUUUUGUACGGUGUAGCUGUGCACUGGUGGAGAGCAGCAUCAGAAGAACAGAAUGCUAUUUAAUAUGCUUCUGAAUCAUCAGUCGAUGUGAAGAGAUCUUUUUGUUCUGUCUGUUUCUUUGUUUGUUUUUUUUGGUCAUUCAGUUAUUAAUGUGCAGUGUAAAGAUUAAGUUACUGUAAUGCUUUAGAAAUCCAUUCAGAUUACUUUAGAAGUAUUAAUAUGACCAACUGUGGAAAGCAUUACUCCAUAGUUGCUUCAGAAAUAUUGUUCCAUUGUUUUUGUGAAUUGCUGAUUAAUACAUUUUUUUUAAUAAAUUCUUCA